ACUUGUCCAGCUCCAGCUCACCACCCUCCCCUUUCCUCUUCUUUCCUUUUCCCACACGAGCAGCAACUCGCCUCUUCCUUGUCUUUCCUCCCAUUACUCCCCCCGCCCUCAAGGCCUCGCUCCCUUCAACAUCAUGCGGCGCUCCCGCGGGAACAGCAACACCAAUUCCCAGGCUUACAGUCGUGCGUUUCCCCUCAGACGCGGCAAGCGAGUCGUGCAGAAGCAGCCCUCGUACGAGAUCAUCGAAAACACGCCCCAUUCAGAGCUGCAGUUCUACGACAUCUAUCUUUCCUCUCUCCACACCAACAAUGACAGCCACGACAUCUCCGAUAACACCCAGAAUCCCCCUUACACCCAAGCCAUAUCGCUGAAGCGCCGCCGCAGCAGAAAGGUCCAGCAGAUGGCACGAUCGAAAUCCCGCGAUUUUUAUGCCGACAUCGUUAUCGUCUUCAAGUACAAGUACAACACAACCAAGGACCCAUCCGCAAAACUGGAGCUCGAGCAGCAGACCCUAAAGGCGUACGAUGAUGUCCUCAAGAAACUGAAGAGCGUCGGACUUCUAUACGAGACAAGGCCAAGCGGGAGAGAAACGGUCCUGGUUUUUGUUCUCUGUCCAUGGACAGUGCUCAAGCGGGAAGUCGUACGCAACAGCAUCCACGACUGGUUGAAGGGUGUCAAGGUUGCCGAUACGAUCGAGGCCGAGCAAUUGCUCAAGCCGGCCAAGCAGCGCGACCACUCGCUUGAUGAUCUAUCAGAUGCAGACAGGAUCCGGUUGAUCCACGACCUGAUCACCGAGAUGCCCAGCGAAGGUGGCGCAGGCAUCUUCCCCAACGAGGAUGGGUUCGUUGAGAGUCUGCUCCCGCUUCACGACUGGGAGUUCAACAAGACAUGGCUCAGAUCAUGGUCGACAAAAUGGGUUGUCAACCAAAAGGACCUUUCACGGGUCAGGAACCACUUUGGAGAGAAGGUUGCAUACUAUUUCGAGUUCCUGGAGUUUUACUUCCUCUGGCUCAUCAUCCCGACGGCCCUCGGUAUCCUCGACUACUUUUUCGGAUCGUCAUACUCGGUCUUCUACAGCCUCAGUGUGAUCCUGUGGGCCAUCAUCUUUAUCGAGUCAUGGAAGCGACGGGAAAGAGAGUUGGCUCUGGGAUGGGGCGUCGAAAACGUCCGGAAAUCAGAGGCGAGACGACAGGAUUUUCAGGGGGACAGCAUGGUCAUCGAUCCUAUCACGGACGAGCGGAUCCCAUUCUUUUCGCCGUGGAAGCGAUGGGCAAGGAAGAUCGCAGGGCUGCCGGUCAUCCUUGCAGGGGCGUUCGCCUUGUCGGUCCUUGUCACUCUCAUGUUUGGGGUGGAGGUCUUUUUAGAGGUCUACUAUGGUGGACACAUGAAGGAGGUCCUGGUUUACUUGCCCACUGUGCUCUUCACUUUAGCUAUGCCUUAUGUCGAAGAGACCUGCAACAAGAUCGCAAAGAUAUUGACGGAUUUCGAGAACCACGAGACGAACGGAUCGUACGAUUAUCACCUCGUUCAGAAGGUCUUCAUAUUCAAGGUCCUUAAUAGCUAUCUCUCCAUCCUGUUGACUGCUUAUGUCUAUAUCCCAUUCGGUCCUCAGCUCAUCGCGGUCCUUCAGACGUACGGCCUUCCUUUUGCAACGGUCGCUAUCGAACCCAGAAUGCUCCAGGAUCGACUCCAGGCGUUCAUGAUCUCGAACCAACUGAUCAGCUUCUUUUCAGAGACCAUCUAUCCCUGGCUCUCGCGCAAGCUGAUGACAGGGGCGGUCAAGAUCCAGAAGGAAGUAUCCGAAGUACUAAAACACGAGGAACAUUCCGAGGAGGAAGAGGGCGAAUUUGGAGCACAGGAUCCUGAGGAAGUCAAGACGUUCUUGAAGAACGUGCAGAGUCAGACAGAAUUGCCCGUGUAUGACGUGAACGAGGAUUACUGUGAGAUGGUAGAGCAGUUUGGAUUCAUCACCAUGUUCAGUGUUAUCUGGCCCUUGACCGGUCUCUGCGCGUUCAUCAAUAACUGGAUCGAAUUGCGGUCCGAUGCCGCCAAGAUCUGCUUCCACACACGACGACCUCUCCCUGCCCGAACAGACACUAUCGGGCCAUGGAUGGAUAACCUGGAACACUUGACCUGGUUCUCAUCCUUGACCAACGCCUCGAUCCUCUACCUCUUCAAAGGCGCGAUGGCUUACCACCACCAGCAAAGCGACGAUACACCAGCCUCAUCUUCGGAUUCCAUGCACUCGGAUGUUGGCUCUCGGUUGUCGCUGAGCAUGCUACUCAUCUGUCUCUUCGCAUCCGAGCAUGUGUACCUGGGCCUCCGCUGGAUCGUCAAGACCGUUUUGGAGGGGAUCCCAACCCCGGCCGAGGUCUCUGUUCGCAGGAAAGAUUAUGGUGUCAAGCGGAGCUGGCUCACGCGACUGAAUGAUGCUAUUGGAACCACGUUGGAAGCGGUCGUUGGUGUGAACCCGGAUGCCUUUGCCACCAGUAAGAACAAAAACAUCACAUCUUCAAGUGUUGCUGCAGCUACCGUCCUUGGCAACGACGACGACGAAAACGAAAGGGAGGAUACACAGGGGAGGGUGAAUGGUUGCGCUGGCGAGAAUCUUUGUGGAUUUGCGAGUGUUAACGGUUCAUUAGAGAACGAUCUGGGAGCACAGGCAAUUAGGUCGAUGUUCAAGUCAGGCUAAAGAAGCCUUUAAACGAUAACGAAAGAAAGUAAAAAAAAAAAAAGUCUUGGUUUAUUUGCUUGCAACAUAUUAUAUCGUACUAUGGACGUCGAGGGAGGCUGCACUUUUUUGACACCGCUCAACACAAUGUGUCAUGUGCAUCGCUGGCCCUUAUCCGCCGUUGUUGCUUAUCCUGAGCGGG